UGUGACAAAGGCUUUUGUCACCUCCAUUGUCACCUGCCGUCCACUGCCGCAGCGGAGUUUAAACUCAACGCAUUAGUGGCAACGCGUCUCGACGCGUCUACUCGCUGCACGUAUGGCGCGCACUCGAGUCGGUGGGAAGCAGAAAGGUCCCCGAGAUCCCACCAAAGAAGUUCGCAUUCAAGCUGCCAUCCGUGAUACCUUGACUGGUGUUCAUGGCAGUUUUCGCAGUGCUGCCAUAGCUCACAAUGUACCCCCACAGACUGUGCGAGAUCAAUUCAUAAGCACAGCACAGGUUCUCCCAGGAUCCUCGAACUUUUCCACCAUCCAUCCAUCAUCGCUUGUCGCAGGCUCGUCUCAGCUUCUACCCAAAGUUUCGACUUCCAUGAUCACACGCUCAUCUACCCCCGCACCAUCUCAAGCUCUCAUACGUCCUAUGUCACAUGUCCAGGUCAUGGCAUCAAGCAAGGAGAAGCUCUGGGAACACAUCCAGCAACUUUACGCUCAAAAUCAAACACUCAUGGAGGUCGUUGCUAUGCAAACUGCACUGAUUGACGCUGCGAAUGCUCAUUGUACUAUCGCGCAGCGUGAAAAUCAAGACUGGCGGGUGAGAGCUGAAAACGAGAGGAGAAAGAAAACUUGCACAACAACAAAGGUCAAAGUUCGUUAUGUUACAGCUCCGGAGUUCAAAGAGUCGUUCGAGGCAGGUGCGGGGGCGAGGAGAGAGAAAGAAGGGCUUGAGGAGGACAAGAAAAAGUUGGACGAAGAAGCUCGUAUCGCACGCAUUCACAACAGCAUCACGACAAGAACGUUUGACAGUCCCUUCACAUCUUAUAAAUGGAAAGAAAAUCUGGAAGCACUCGCUGGAGCACUUGGACUCUCGAGAGAUGGAAAAAUUGCUGAUCUCUCAGCACGGAUCAAAGCUCACUUGAAAGAUCCUGACAUUCGCGCAGUUCUUGCAGAUAACCCUCGAUUUUCAGCGAUAUAUGGUUCAAAACGACGCACCGGCAGGCCCGAUGCCAUUGCCAACCUGACUUCGAGUGAAAGCUCAACACCUUCAGCCAAUACUUCUCUCCCCACGGCAGCCAACGAUAUGUUCCACCCACAACCACCUUUUUUCCCGCAAAUGCAAGGAUCUCCGAGUCUCUCCAUUAUGUAUCCAAACCGGUCACAUCAUGUUCAAGUUGGCCCCGCUGUACUCUCAACAACCACUCCUGUCGUAUCACAGCCAUUCCUGUUUGGGCAUCCUAAUAGUCACAGUUCAUAUUACUCCGGCAGUCCGCAAUACAUAUUCAAUUAGAUUACUACAACUAGCUACUGGUACACUCGUAUAUAUCUUCCUAAUGUCUAAUCCACAGUGUCAAGC